AAAUCUUAGGAGGUGCAGACACACCGUAUGAAAAAGGAGUAUUCAACCUGGAAAUAAUUGUUCCUGAAAGGUACCCGUUUGAGCCCCCGAAGAUUCGCUUUCUGACCCCUAUCUAUCAUCCCAACAUUGACUCUGCUGGAAGGAUUUGCCUGGAUGUUCUUAAAUUACCACCAAAGGGUGCGUGGAGGCCUUCCCUGAACAUCUCCACGCUGCUGACCUCCAUACAGCUGCUGAUGGCGGAGCCCAACCCCGACGACCCUCUCAUGGCAGACAUAUCCUCGGAGUACAAGUACAACAAGCAAGUCUUCCUGAUGAACGCCAGAGA